UCCUUUUUUGACACGCUUCAAGGCGUGUCCGGUACGUAUCCGGCCGUGUCGGCGGCGUGUCCGUGUCAGACACCAGUACGACACUGGUACGAGGGGAUUUUCCCCGUGUUGGUGCUUCCUAGCACAUUUGGAUUUUCAAAGAUGACAAUUCUGACCCAAAUUUCUGAUUAGGAACAACUAAUCCCAUUUUCUUCAUUCAUGAGAAAAGAAAACCCGACCUGGAAUUAAGGUUCUGAUUCUAAAAUGCUUAUCCCUCAGACCAAAAACAUUGGCCUUCCAUUGAUGAAUCUUAUGAGAUUCAAAGGAUUGCCCAUUUUGCAGCAACUUCAUAUAGAGGAACAACUACUUCGAACUUCAUCGGAGAAUUGGUGCAUAGUCAAUGAUGGAACUAAUGAUCCCACCGUUGUAAUGGGUGUGUCAGGGAAACCUGCUGAACUUCUUGAAAUUGAAUCCGUCUUAGACGAUCAGGUUCCUGUCAUAAGAAGGUUUACUGGGGGAGGUACUGUUAUUGUUGACCAUGGGACGGUAUUUGUCACUUUCAUAUGCAAUAAAGAAGCAGUUCCUAACUUACAACCAUAUCCUCGACCAAUCAUGUCUUGGAGCAGCUCAUUAUACAGCAAAGUCUUUCAAGGAAUUGGUGAUUUCCAUCUUCGUGAAAAUGAUUAUGUAUUCGGUAACCACAAGUUCGGUGGAAAUGCUCAAUCCAUUACCAAGAAUAGGUGGAUCCACCACACUUCAUUUUUAUGGGACUUCAAUGUCCAGAACAUGUCUUACCUAAAGCAUCCUAAACGAGCUCCUGCAUAUCGAUCGGCAAGGAGCCAUUUGGACUUCAUAUGCCGUAUGAAGGAUUACAUGCCGAGGUCAACUUUUAUGGAUAAAACCGUGGAGGCAACUGAAACCCAGUUUUCGUUAAGGCCCAUCCAAUUGGAAGCAAUUAGAACUUGCUUGGAAGCUGAAUUCUGUCCCUCAAGCAGGUUCCUGACAAAUGAAGAAUUGGAGGCAGCAGCUGUUGCUCUGCAAUCGUGAAGCAGUUUGCAGGUCUGCAAGAUUUUUCUCAAGAUUAUCAUGAUUAAUGAGGUAAAUCCGAACGAAAGCUGUAUAAGGUUAAUCAAAAUAUUUCAUUGGUGGAAACUGGAAUUUUAUCAAUUAACGCUUGUGUCCAUCAUCAGCCAUAGCAGUGAAUGGUAUUGAAAGAAAUGUUGUUUCCAGUUGAAAAUGAAUAAAUUGGACUGUGACAGCAUGUAAGGGAAUCGUCUUUCACAGCCAAUUGUUACGAUUUCUGCCUCUUCUUGGUUCUAUAUUUGAGUUGAUGAUCCAAAAAUAUCUAUGAUCGACGGAUGAUGUGGGGAAAAUGACAUGGUACCGAAAGAUAUCGUGUUAUCUGUAUAGUUUUAGUAUUUGUAUUCAAUAUAUUAUUUUUAAAUAUAAA